UUAAGUGUGAUUUUAUAAUGGAAAGAAACAUUAGUGUUGAUGACGUCAUCAGCCGCAGACCCGCUUGCCCUUCACUUUGCGGGCUAGCUCAGUUGAGUAGCGCAUGUUCAACGCAUGGUCUAACGCAGAGUCCAACUUUCUGCUAUACGUGUAUGGUUAAACGUGAAAGAAAUGGCUUGUUGCAAACGAAGGCUUAGAAGCACAACACUUAACAAAGAGAUGGAGAUCCAGGAAAAUGACGCUUCCAGCGGUGUCCCCAUUGCUCCAACAGCAUCAUUAAGAAACCAAAGAAAAUUGGAAGAAAUUAAAAUGUUAGAAAUGAAACUGGAAUUUCAAAAUGAAAAAAUAAAGGAGUUGAGGGAGGACAACAUUUUUUUAAAAGAACAACUGGCAGCAGCCCUCAAGAAAACAGACCCUGGCCCCAGCUCCAGUAGCUACAGUCUGGUUUCAAGUGACACUUCUAACAUAGAAAGAGACAGUGUAGAGGCAACAUCAUCCAAUGAUACAUCAUCCAAUGAUAUAUCACCCAAUGAUACAUCAUCUGAUGAAAAAAAGAAAAACAAAAGGAUAAAGAAGAGAAAAGACAGGACACUGGCACUGAAAUAUUGCCAGAGAGCUCAAGAUCCAAAACAAGUGGUGGCCAGGUACAAGAAAAUUUUGAAGAUCUUCAAGCGAAGUGGCACAAUGAGUCAAGCCUUCAAAAAGUAUGGGGUGGACCGCAAUACAGUUAUAAUUACAUCUCCAAUUGCCGAAUUGUACGUAGUUGCCCCAGAAAAAUACAAAGAAAUUAUGCAGACUUACAGUAAAGCUAUGAAGCUGUCAGUGUUUGCAGCCCAAUGUGCAUUGGCUAUUUCUGAAGACGCUGACAUAGAGCAAAAGAUCCAAACUCUAAAAGAUUCAAGGAAGCUAAUUCCUUUUAAAACUAAAUAAAUAAAUGUAUGAAUGCUUAAGAAAUGUGAAUUGUGUGAAGUUUUAUAAAUGUGCAUUAUGUUAAGGUCAUCUGUAAAGUUCUCUUGCCCAUACAUG